AUGGUUUUUUCAGCAGUCUUCUUCGUUUUGAUGGCAACAAGCUGCACGGGACGCACAGUGGAGGAGGGAGUCAAUCUAGCUGCGGAGCCCAAUGAUGUUGCUGACCAUUUAACCAACAACGGUGAUCCUCGUAUUCUUUGUCCUAUUUGUGCUCUUCUUGGUUGUAAUUUUGAUUUUGGUCUUUGUGCUCUUCUUUGCCCUGCUUGUAAUCCUACUACUACGACAACUACUACUAGUACUACUCCUCCUGAUUGUUCUGCUUGUGAUAAUGCUGGUUUUGAUUAUGAUAUUUUUGAUGAUGCUUGUUGUCCUGAGGCUCCUUGUGCUAAUGGUUGUUAUUCCAAUGGUCCUGGUGGUUGUCAUUGUCGGGGUUAA